CAGUGAAUUUUAUGCAUCAACCGAGGGAAAAUUUGCUCUGUUGAUGCAUAGCACUCUGAAAUAUAGCAGCAAAAUGGGAGAUCAUGGGCGAGACAGGUGAACCUGGACUUCUGGUGACUGAAAUAACAGCCAAAGCUCCAUUCACUGGUUAUGUGAGAGACAUGAAGCAAACUGAGAAAAAGAAGCUGCACAACGUCUUCAAGAAAGGUGAUCUGUACUUCAACACUGGCGACCUGCUGCGCAUCGAUGAGGAUAAUUUCAUGUACUUCCACGAUCGUGUUGACGACACAUUCAGAGGCGAGCGGGACAAAGUAUCUGCUGUCCAGAGCGAUUUCCCUGGGGCGUACUGCACAUUGUACGAGUAACGCAUGAGUCUCAUUCUGAAUCGCUAGAUCCUGGGUGGCAAGAGAUCCAGAGCUUGUCCUCCCAGUAAGGAAACGAGAGGUUUGUGGUCCGUUUCGAGACAAAAAUGUUUACCAAUCAGGAAAUCACGAAAUCGCUCAAACGCCCAUGUAGACUAGACGCCAGUGCCUCUUUUUCUACUUGUGCCUAUCGUGGUUCAGUAGGAGAAAGGGACCUCGAUGCAUACGCCACUGGUCGCCAUCCUUCUUCCCACAGCUGCAAAAGAACACCUGCGAGACCAUAGGAUGAACCAUCUGCUGAUACUUUAAUGUCUCUGUUGGGGUCAUACAUUGCGAGCACUGGGGGUGAGGUCAGGGCAUCUCUUAAUGUUUUGAAAGCUCUCGCUUGGUCAGUUCCCCCAGUACCAUGCAUUCUUUGUGGAAAGAAGAUCUCGCAGGGCUUUGUCUUUUUCAGCUAAAUGGGGGAUGAACUUGCCCACUUGAUUCACCAUGCCCAGAAAACUGCGCAACUCUGACACAUUAGUUGGCUCCGUCAUUUUUGUAAUCAUAAUACAAAAGGGACAUGAAAUUUAAAAUGCUAGGUCAAAAAACCCAGCCCAUGACAUCAUGCUUUGUCCUGUAGUGUGUUUGUCAUGUUUCAUAUGUUUUGUCAUUGUUUAACUUUUGUCUUCAGGUCAGGAGGGAAGAGCCGGGAUGCAAAUUAUUGAGAUGACAGCGUUGCACUUCUGGCUGCACAUUUUAAUGACAAGGUGUUUUAAAUGAUCUUUGCCUUCAUAAUAAUUUUAUUAAAGCUGUGAUUUCAUACACACACCCUCCAUAUCCAUAUCUAUAUCCAUAGAGAUCGUCUGUAAUCCCUGGGCAACAGCAGCAAGUUGUGAACAGAAGUUAAGCUUCCAAUAAAUUGUGGAUAACAUAAACCCAACAUAUAAACUGUUUUGUUUUGUAUCUGAUUUUUCUUCUUCUUCUUUUUUUUGCUGCAGAGAUAUUGAAACAGGUGCAAAGUUGUUUGCAACUUGUGAAUUUUGACUCGAGGACUCACCAGUGGCUCUUGGCAAAACUGCAAGUUAAAGGUUAACUUGCACCUGCCCUUCUGUGUGAGCGAACACAGCCCAGCAAAAGCUUAGCUGAGAUCCGACAAUCUCCAGCCUGUCUUCACGUUCAGGUCAUCAGGUGCUACCCUCUCACCGUCUGUUUGGGCUUCAUUUUGGUCCACUAGCACAAUCUAAAGUGGUCACUCGGUAUAAAGCCAGUGAAAGGCCUAAAACACGUGAAAGCAGUAUGUUAUACUGUAAAUCAUUGAUGCAGCUCAUCUGGUUGUUCACUAGCAAUACAAAAUGCUUUUCAACCUUUGGAAUUUCUCAGUGCUCCUCCUCCUGCUCCACAUGCCUUUUUAUACCUCUGCUUUGUCUUCAGCAGGACAGCUGUGAGACAAACAUGUUGGUCUGGACAGUGUGUGCGGCUUUGAUUGCAUGUGGCGUUUUACUCCGCCAUUCUUCCUUCCUCCAGGAUGUCCAAUUCGUGCUCACUAAAAUAAAAGUAAGGCGGUUCAUCGAAAAGUGCGUGCAGACUAAUUACUCAAUCCUGGACCGCUUUUUAGAGCUGGUGAAGACGCAGCCGCACAAGCCUUUCGUUUAUUUUAAAGAUGAAACGUUCACCUACCGGGACGCAGACGUCCUGAGCAACAAAGUUGCGAGAGCGUUUCUGCAGGCUGGAUGCGUAAAAGAAGGAGACACGGUGGCGCUGUUCCUGGGGAACCAGCCGAUGUUCCUGUGGCUCUGGUUGGGUUUGGUGAAGAUUGGAUGUGCUGGAGCUUUGCUCAACUCCAACAUCAGAUCCAAGUCUCUGCUACACUGCCUCAACUGCAGCGGAGCCACAACUCUGGUAGCAGCUGAAGACUUGCUGGAUGCAGUGAAGGAGGUGCUGCCCCAUCUUCACGAACAGCAGAUCAAUGUUUUCAUCUUAGCUGACAGAUGUGAAGUUACAGGUGUGAAAAGCUUCAUUGAUAAAAUGAAUCAGGCUUCCUCUGAGCCUAUACCCAAGGAGUUAAGGUCCCAUUUAACCAUGCAGAGUCCAGCAGCCUACAUAUACACCUCAGGGACAACGGGUCUCCCUAAAGCAGCUUUGAUCACUCAAGGCAGAGUGUGGACCAUGUCUUUACUUCUGCCUUCAUCAGGAGUGAACUCCAAAGAUGUGAUUUAUGAUACCCUCCCUCUUUAUCACAGCACCGGCUUCCUUGUCUUCACUGGGGCCAUUGAGAGGGGUAUUCCUGUUGUUCUGAGGAGUAAGUUUUCUGCUUCCCAGUUCUGGGACGACUGCAGAAAAUAUAAUGUCACCGUCAUACAGUACAUAGGUGAAAUUAUGCGUUAUCUCUGCAACACUCCACAGAAACUCACUGAUAAAAACCACAAAGUCAGACUUGCAGUAGGCAACGGGAUCAGAGCAGAUGUUUGGAGGGACUUUGUGAGACGAUUUGGGGAAAUUCAAAUCAGAGAAUUUUACGGAGCAACUGAGGGAAACUUUGCUCUGUUGAAUUAUAGCAGCAAGAUGGGAGCUCUUGGGCGACACACCUUCCUGCACAAGAUGUUUUUUCCAUAUGCUGUGAUCAAAUAUGACAUAGACAAAGAAGAACCUUUGAGGGAUUCUUCUGGUUUUUGCAUGGAGGUUCAGAGAGGUGAACCUGGACUUCUGGUGACUAAAAUAACAUCCAAAGCUCCAUUCAUUGGUUAUGUGAGAGACAUGAAGCAAACUGAGAAAAAGAAGCUGCGUAACGUCUUCAAGAAAGGUGAUCUGUACUUCAACACUGGCGACCUGCUGCGCAUCGAUGAGGAUAAUUUCAUGUACUUCCACGAUCGUGUUGGCGACACAUUCAGAUGGAAAGGAGAGAACGUAGCUACAGCUGAGGUGGCCGACAUCCUCGCGCUGGCUGACUGCAUUAAAGAAGCUAAUGUUUACGGAGUCAAAGUGCCAGGCCAGGAGGGAAGAGCCGGGAUGGCUGCUGUUACUUUGAGAGAUGGACUGAAGUUUGACUCCACGGCUGUUUUUAAACAUGUCGAGGACUUCCUGCCGUCCUACGCCAGGCCACGCUUUCUGAGGAUUCAAAGGUCACUGGACAUUACAGGCACGUUCAAGCUAAUAAAGACGAAAGUAGUGGAGCAGGGCUUCAACCCAAAUGAAAUAACAGACCCACUCUACUUUCUGAAUGAAAAAGAGAAGAACUAUACUCCACUCACGCCAGAUGUAUUUGAUUCAAUUAUAGCAGGAGACGUCAAAAUAUAAAGUGAUUUUACUUUUGAAGAAAAAAAUCCACCUUUUCACACACAAGCGAAUCAUUUGUUGUGUCACUUCUGGUUACACAUUUUAAUGACAAGGUGUAAAGCAUAAAUUUAUUUUUUGUUCUUUCAUGCACACCCCCCAUGUUUGAGUUUGAUGUACCAAUCUGUGAGUGUGGUGAUGGGUUCACUAGUUUAUUAAAUGGAUUGCUGUACACCUCC